GUUGGAUGGGCCUUGGUCCGCAUUCGCAUAAUCGAAAUAUAUGCCGUCAGAAUAAAUAUGAUCGCUAUAUAUAUGUGUGUAGCUUCCAUCCAAAACGAAAACUGUAUUAUUUUUCCUUCAGCUAACUCCUCUAUCAACUAGCACAUCUUUCCUUAUGGACAGGAUUACAUGGUACUCAAGCUGUAUUGAACGGUGGCAGCUCAAACGCGGUGAUCACAUCUACUGCUGGCGCACGCGUGCUGGCUAUUUGUACUCCCAUCAUGGGAUCUACGAAAGCGACCAGAAGGUCAUCCAGUACUGUAGCGCCAGUACAUUCAGCUCCUCCUCCUCCUCCUCACGUCAGGCUGGUUCCAACGGUUCCUCCGCCCUCUAUCCCGCGUCACUGUUCCAAAUACCCCUCGCUCUGUCUGCGAUGACGCAGGCUCAGCGAACCUGCAUCGCCUGCCGUGAAGCUGAGCGUGAAGGCGGCGUCGUCAUCAGCUGCCUUGACUGCUUCACGGAAGGGGACAAUAUUUGCCUCUUCGUCUACUCAGUGCCCCGGUGGUUCCGUAAUAUGUGGUUGAUUGGUUCUCCAUCUCAACAUACCUGCCUCGUGGAAGCUGAGGACCCCCCCGAGACGGUCUUGCGCCGCGCCAAUAACCUGCUCGCCAACCACGGUGGCUUCAGCGUCGACUCCUACGACUUACUCACCAACAACUGCCAGCACUUUGCCAUUUACUGCAAGACAGGGCGUAAGUUAACAAGGUUCAAUUAAAAUGCUAAACGCUAUGUGGGCCUAGACCUCGGCCGAGAGGUAAGAUGGAGUAAAUGUAGAUUAAGCACGAUUAAUAAGCGUCUGUGCUUAAUAAACAACUGCUCUAUGAGAAUUGUUCUUCUGAAAUAGUUCUGUGAGAAUUUAUUCUACCAAAAUUGUUCUACCCAAAUUGUUCUACCAAAAUUGUUCUAUGAGAAUUUAUGCUUAAUAAACAACUGCUCUAUGAGAAUUGUUCUACCGAAA